CUGGACACAUCAAUAAUACAAACAGUCCUGGUGUAGAGACUAUCUAAAAGGAUGCAGGAGAGGAGUUACUUCUUGCUGAUAGGAGUUGUGGCACUAUUGCUAACAACAGGGCCCACUCUAUCAUCCCCUUUGGAUAAUUCAAAGAAGGAACAAAGUGUUUUUGUUGAUAAAGAUGAGGGCAACCCUACUACUGACUCAAUUAUAACAGAAAACCAUACAGAUGCUCCAGAAGUUACCAGGAGUUCCCCUACCCCUGUUCCCCCCUAUGUAGAAUCCCUUUACGAGUGUUGGCAGAAAGAGGACAGCACUCAAAAGAGGGAAUGCCUCAGAUCCAUGGAUGAGGUCCUUGACUUUGAAGAGAUCAUAAAUUCAAAUACAGUCAAUUUUUUGAUAGGAAAAGGUAUCCUUGAUGAUGACAGAAAUCUUAGCAAUGUCACCAGCAGACCACAGUACCACUCAAUAAAAUUCAACUUGUCCAGCAUCCAGUACAGGGACAGCAAUGAUUCCACUCUUCAAUACGCCGAGCUGAGAAUAUACAAGGAUCGAGUCGUGUCUGAUCACUUGCACUCUCUUAACUCGAGCAUCUGCCCUAUUGAGAACUCUGGAGUUACUCUCUCUCUCUUGACAAGUUUGAUGUCUGAUGGUAAAGAUCAUAUCAUAGAAAGAGUCCCAAUAUCGUAUGAAUCACUCCUCAAUGAAGGCUGGAUAAAGUUUCACACCAAUUUGAAACCGGUGCUGUCAGAAUGGCUGCAAAAAUCUCAGGAGGUCGAGCGAAUUUUUAAAUUAGUACUUCAGGGAGGCUGUGCCAGCAUCAAACUAGAAGAGAUAGGUUUCAGUUUGCAACAGGAUCCACUUCUUGUUACUUUUGUGAGGAACAAAAGCAACAAGAUGGAGGAGGAAGUGAUGGAACAGAUGACAAAAACAACCAUCAGCAUGUCAAGGAGAAAGAGAGAGACUUACUCAAAGCCCAAAGACUUUGGGAUAUGCAAACUCCACACUUAUCACGUUAACUUCACAUCACUCGGUUGGAAUGAUUUCGUCUUGGAACCAAGGUCCUAUAAGGCUAAUUUCUGUGCUGGGUCCUGUGUGCACCCAAUAUCCAAGCAUAUGAAUGGGACACUACACUCAGAGCUUAUUGCCUUCUCGCAUGCACUUGAUCCACAGAAGGUCCCCAAUCCCUGCUGUGUUCCUACAAAGCUCUUGUCAGAGAUGAUGUUAGUCCGACUUGACCAGCAAUCAAUACAGCUUAAAAUAUACCCAGAUAUGACUGUAGCCGAGUGCGGCUGUCGAUGAACGAUAUGAAACUAACAAAUCAUUUUAUGUUUUUUAACUUUUGCAAUAAAUAUACUAUCCUUUUAAUAUAAUAGUUAUCAUUGUUAUUGUUACUCUGAAAAUAUAAUUUCACAAUAAUUAUUAUCGUUAUUUUGACUUUUCAAACUUAUUUGUCUUUAAUACGCUUCCGCAUUAUUAUCCAGUAUUUCUUACACAAACAUUGUAACCUUCAACAAAAAAUCUUUUGUUACCAUUGUUGUGCUUGUAAUAAAUAAAA